AUGAACGCACCAGGCUCCAUGCGAAGGCCUGGUGGCACCCGCGGCACCAAGCUCAAGCCACCCAAAAAGAUCGGUCUCGAUGUCUCGAUCGAAGACAUGUGGCUCCGGCUCGUCCACGCCAUCUCUCAGAUUCAGAACCACAACAUCUCCAAGCUCAGCUAUGAGGAGCACUAUCGCUACGCCUACAACCUCGUCCUCUAUCAGCAGGGCGACAUGCUCUAUCAUGGCGUAAAGAAGCAAGUCCAGCAGCAUCUGGACAAGCUCUGUCGAGAGAAGAUCAUCCCCGCAUUUCCACCAGGAGGCGCUGCUUCAGUCUCAGCAGGCAUCAUCCUCCCAGAUUCACUGCUCAGCCAGUCGCAAGCGGCGGCUUCUUCCUCGUCAUCGCGUACCGAAGCCGACACACCCAUUGGGGCACGCAGCAGCAGUGGCUCCAACAAGGGCAAAGGCAAGGCCACAGCUGACGACCACGACUCGUUUGCCGAUGGUCCUGAUGGUGCAACUUCUGCUGCCACUGCAGCCGCCUCCAUGUCUGCCACCCAAGCUGGUGACCGCGCCGAUGCUGUGGCCCGCAUCCAGGCGGGCGAGCGUCUCAUGACAGCCAUCCGCGAUACCUGGCUCGACCACCGCAGCUGUAUGUCCAAGCUCUCCGAGGUGCUCAAGUAUGUCGAUCGCGUAUACGUCGAGAACCAAAAGGUGCCAUCGAUCAAUCGUCUCGGUCUCGAGAUCUUCCGUGAUUCGGUGAUUCGAUCGACCAAGUAUCCGAUUCAGAUCUACCUCUACAGCACUCUGCUCACUCACAUCCAGAUCGAGCGUGAAGGGUCCGCCAUCAGUCGCUCGCUGCUCAAGUCGAACGUUGACAUGCUCGCCGAUCUCACACAGAACAAGCCGUCAGCAUCGAUCAAUCACGACACGUCGGUCUACUCGAGCGACUUUGAACCGGCCUUCCUGCAGACGUCAGCUGCCUUCUACUCCGCCGAAGCAGACCGAUGGCUCGACGCGGGAGACGCUGCCAAGUAUCUGGCACAUGUGGCGAGAAGGCUGCAGGAGGAAGCGGAUCGCGUCUCGGUCUACCUCAAACCAGAGACGCACAAGCCGCUGCAGCACCUGCUCGAGAAGAACUUCCUUGCCAAUCACUUAGCGACCAUUCUCAACAUGCCCGGCUCCGGUCUGGUGUCGAUGCUCGACGACAAUCGCAAAGAGGAUCUCGGUCGACUCUACACGCUGUUCAACAAGGUCUCUGGUGGUCCGCAGACGCUGCGCCUCGGUCUCAAGAGCUACAUCGCCACCAAGGGCAAGCUCAUCAACGACGCUGUCACCAGCCAGACCGCCCAGCAAGCACCCUCCACCGACGGUCCGGCUGAGGAUGCCUCUUCAUCCAAGGGCAAGACCAGAGAGAAGCCCAACGCAGACGCCGAUGCCUCCACACCGCAGGCAGCAACCGCCAUCCGCUGGGUCGAAGACGUCCUAGAGUUCAAGAACAAGUUCGACUCGAUCCUCGACCUCGCCUUUGCCAAAGACACGGGCUGCGAGACGGCCAUCAACGAAGCCUUCGAAUCCUUCAUCAAUACUAACAAGCGCGCGCCCGAGUUCAUCUCGCUCUUCAUCGACGAGAACCUCAAGAAGGGGCUCAAGGGCAAGACCGAAGCCGAAGUGGAAGACAUUCUGCGCAAGACCAUCUCGGUGUUCCGCUUCCUCCACGAGAAGGAUACGUUUGAGCGGUACUACAAGCAGCACCUUGCCAAGCGUCUGUUGCAAGGUCGCAGUGUCAGCGACGAUGCCGAACGGGGGAUGAUGGCGAAGCUCAAGAUCGAAUCGGGCCACGGCUACGUUGCGAAGCUGCAAGGCAUGUUGAACGAUAUGAAGACGAGCGAGGAGACGACGGACGAGUUUGCACGGGUGGUCAAGAACUCGCAUCGGCCGAUGCCGUUUGCGCUGUCGGUCAACGUGCUGACGAGCACCAACUGGCCAAUCUCCGCGCAGGCGCCGAGCUGCGUCAUGUCGGACACGCUGAUGGAGGCGCGGCGGCGGUUCGAGGAGUUCUACCAGUCCAAGCACAACGGACGCGUGCUGACGUGGCAUGCAAACAUGGGGUCUGCCGACGUUCGCGUCGCCUUCCGCGCCAGGACGCACGAGAUCAACCUCUCCACCUUCGCGCUCGUCGUGCUGCUGCUCUUCGACUCGGACGAGGAGUCGGAACAGACGCUGUCGUACGCAGACAUCGCGCGGGCGACGCAGAUUCCGGACCACGACCUGCAGCGCACACUCCAGUCUUUGGCAUGUGCCAAGUUCCGCAUCCUCACGAAGACGCCCAAGUCGCGCGAUGUCAGCCCAACAGACACGUUCGUCUUCAACACCACCUUCACCUGUCCUCUCGCGCGGUUCAAGAUCCAGCAGAUCGCGGCGCGCGUUGAAACGGCCAAGGAACGCAAAGCGACCAACGAAAAGGUCGAGGAGGAGCGCGCGUUCCUCGUCGAAGCGUGCAUCGUUCGGAUCAUGAAGAAUCGCAAACAGCUCAGCCACAACGAGCUGGUCCAGGAGACGAUCACACAGUUGACCAGCAGGUUCCAACCCAAUCUGGGCAUGAUCAAGAAGCGAAUCGAGAGUUUGAUCGAACGCGAGUAUUUGGAGAGGGCAGAGGGCGGCAGGGGGAUGUACAACUACUUGGCGUGA